GAUCGCGAUGCGGUCGUCGUCAUCACCGCCUCAUCCGGCCGCCACUGAUCCGGAAUGUCGACGGGGGCGAUCCAGGAAAGCCCCAGCGUUCCACGUCUCGGUGUUCAAGCACAUGGAGCUGCCGUGUGGGAGGGACUGGGCCGAGCUGCCCGCGGACGCCAUCUCGUGCAUCCUCCACAGGCUGGACCAGGUGGAGCUCCUGAUCGGUGGUGUGGCGGCGGUGUGCCGCUCCUGGCGCCGCGCCGCCCGAGAGGAGCCCGAGUUGUGGCGACGCAUCGAUCUGCGCGAUCUGCCCUAUAUUCCACCAUUCCAACCGGAGGCCAGCCUCGCGAAUAUCAUGAGUGCUGCACUGCGGCUCAGCGCAGGGCAGUGCCAUACCUUCUUCGGCGAGAUCCUCCACGAUGACCACUUCCUCCUCCUCGCUGAGCAGGCUCCGUUACUGAAGAGCCUUCAUCUUAUUAAAUGCCAUAAUAUCUCCAACCAAGGAUUUGCAAACGCAAUAAAAAGGUUCCACAUGCUUGACGAGCUUGAGCUUUUGUGGUGCUUAGGUCACCCACAAGUUCUCGAAACUAUCGCGGGAGUGUGCCCAGGCCUAAGGCACUUCAGACUUGUCAACAAUAGUUGGGGUUUUGGACCUAACGAUGAACGGAAAGCUCAUGCAAUCGCUAGGAUGCGAGAGCUACGUUCCUUGCAUAUUGUCAGUGAUAAAAUCGAUAAUGAAGGCUUGACAGUCAUCCUCGACAACUGUCACAACUUACAGUAUCUUAACAUGCACGAUUGCUGGAAUAUCAACAUGGAUGACAACCUAAGUGAAAAGUGCGCCCACAUCAACAUGGAUGACUGCGAGUACCUCCUGCCAUACGAUUCUUAUAGCUGUUGCAGUUAUCCGUUUUCUUGUUUUGAUGAUUACCAUGAUCUUUCUCUUUCUUACUACCUUGGUGACGAUAUUGAUGACAUGGAUGAAGAGCAUGGAAGAAUUAUUGACAUCAAGAGCAUGUGUAGGUACUUGUGCUAAUGUGAUACUGUAGAUUUGGAUGUUUUGAUGGGAGUUUCUGAUUGAGUGGUGCCUUCUAUUCUCAAAUGUAUUCACUUGUUUUGUUGCUUCAUUCUGGCCACGACAUCCCCAAGAGGAUCCUGCUUUCUUCAGAAUGUUUAAUGUCUAGAUUGUGUCUCGGUGUCAAGAUACAAUCCUCGGGAGAUAUAUGAUUCACUCAAAUAAAGGACACCGCGAUGAUUUUCUCCUUCGUUUUGCAAGAACAAGCAGAGCAAACAAAGAGAGGUGCCCAAGGUCAUGCCAUUAUAUUUCAGAACAAGGCGUGCCGUCAGAGUUACUUUUGAAUGUCGAAAUAUAAUGCCACUUGGAUUGUUGUAAUUUCUUAAUCAUAUAUAUGGUUGAUUAUAUUUCAUAUGUUCUCAGGUACCAACAUUGAAUUUACUUUGAGUUUAACUCUUCA